UUUGAACAAUUUAUCUAUCAGCCGAAAUUAAUCCCAGCCAACUGAUGUUCCAAAAAUUUGACCAAAUGGCAACAAUUCCUCAUCAACCCCUAUUCGACGAUACUGAACCCGAGCAUUCGAUUUACAGCGAUGAGCUGAAGCCAACCACAUCCCACCAGCGCAGUUUUUCUUGGUUGGAAAUGGGCAGUUUGUGGGUGGGACUCGUGGUUGGAGUGCCGGCCUACUACGUGGCUGGAAGCUUAGUAGAGCUGGGGAUGGCGUGGUGGCAAGGGAUUCUCACCGUUGUUUUAGCCAACAUGAUCUUAUUAAUCCCGUUAAUCCUCACAGGAUAUGCCGGCACGCUUUACGGCAUAUCAUUUCCGGUCUUCGCUCGAUCAUCUUUUGGCAUUCGCGGAGCCCACGUCCCCGCUCUUCUUAGAUCACUGAUUGCCUGCGGUUGGUAUGGGAUUGAAACAUGGAUUGGAGGUCAGGGAAUCUUUCUUCUCAUACCUCAAACUGCCAAAGAAUCGGCCUUGUCAAAAGCUUUGCCCUGGUUAGGCACUUCCCCCCUUGAAUUUGGUUGUUUCAUAGUAUUUUGGCUAGCACAACUGGCCAUCUUUUGGAACGGGAUUGAUGGGAUCCGGAAGCUGGAAAAGUACGCUGCUCCAGUUCUAAUCAUAUUCGUCUCUUGCCUUCUCGUUUGGUCUUAUAUCCAGGCUGGUGGAUUCGGCCGCAUGCUCUCCUUAUCUUCGAGGCUCUCACCUUCAGAGUUUUGGUCUCUUUUCUUUCCAUCAUUGACAGCAAAUAUAAGCUUGUGGGCUACUCUAGCGCUUAACGUUCCUGAUUUCACCCGGUACGCCAAGAGCCAAAAAGAUCAGAUCAUAGGACAAGCAGGGCUCCCAAUUUUUAUGGGUGCAUUUUCAUUUGUGGGCCUGGCAGUAACUUCAUCAACUGAAGUGAUAUUUGGCCGCGUGAUCUCCAACCCGAUUCAACUUCUGGGUGAAAUUGGCGGCGGAUUCUGGACCAAGAUUGUUGCUGUUCUAGGCAUAAGCCUUGCGACAGUCACAACCAACAUCGCCGCUAAUGUCGUUGCUCCUGCAAAUGCGCUAGUCAAUCUAAGUCCUUCAACGUUUACCUUUAGAAGGGGGGCUCUGCUGACGGCAGUUCUUGGAAUUGCCUUCCAACCAUGGAGGGUCUUUGGAUCGAGUGAGAGCUUUGUUUACACCUGGUUAGUCGGCUACUCUGCUUUGCUAGGACCCGUUGGGGGCGUAGUCUUGGCAGAUUUUUAUCUCAUUCAGAAUAGAAAUUUGAGUAUCAAGCAACUGUACUCACUGAAUCCUAGCGGGACAUAUUGGUAUUCAGGUGGAUAUAACUUAGCAGCAAUGACAGCUUUGGUUCUGGGGAUUCUGCCGGUGAUUCCAGGUUUUCUCCACGAGGUUGGGCUUUUGAGAUGUCCACAUCCAUUGGCUUUAAUUUACGAUAAUUCUUGGUUUUUCGGGUUCUUUUCUGCUGGAAUUCUCUACUGCAUCAUUUCACUGUUCAAGGGAAAACAAAGUAAAGAUGGGCUAGAACCUCUCAUGCCUCCCAAGUCCAGUCCCUAGAGUUAACAACACUGUUGGCAUUUGCAUGUAAUCUGUAGCAAAACAAUUUGUGCACAUUAUCCUUCAAGAGAAAAAAAGAUCAUGGCGUUCAAUCUAAUACAGCUAUGACCUCUUUUUGA